CCAUAAGCUACAAUUGGACAUUGAACGUGCAGCUAGUGAGGUUGGGGAAGGGACAAAAUUUGUGGCGGGGCCAAGAGCGUCUGAAUAUUAUUAAAAUGUAAAAAUAAUAAUACGUAGUAAUAAUAACAAUAAAUGGGGGAAGGGGCGGUCUUUAUUACACAUACAAGGUUAUGGCAAAGCUUCGCAUCAUCCAUUUCUUAAUAUAGAUAAUUCACCACCUCCCUGCCUCUUUAAGUUUGGGAUCCUCUGAAAUCUCCCCAACUCCCCAACUUCAUCUUCUUCCCAGAAUAGUAACAGUCCUUGCAAUUUGCAGAAGGGAUAGACUUCUCCUUCUCCUCCAUCUCCAACACCCGUGCAGAUCUGUGUGUUGAGCUCUGCUGUUUUUCUGAGGAAUCUCACUUCCAUAGUUUCAGUUGAAAAAAGGUUUUUGGUGCAUUAUGGGUCUCUCACCUUACUCUUCUCCUAAUGAUGCUGGAGUUUUGUGUGUGAUUUUGGUCAACACUGCCAUAUCCAUCUCAAUUGUCAAAGACAUGUUUCGCUCAUUCCUCAGUAUCAUCGGCAUCCGGAUUUCGUCAUGGGAAGAGUAUUCCAUCGACGGAACAAUGAUGGACAAUACACUUGAAUGCCGUGGAACUCCAUCGGAGUCCUACAUGGAGGAGUUUCGGCACCAAACUCCUGCAAUCCGGUAUGACUCGAUGUGCGCCGCCUCUAAGAACCAUCCGGAACAACAAGAAUGUUCUGUUUGCUUGACAGAAUUUGCACCCGAGGCUGAGAUCAACCGAUUGCCAUGCGGGCAUGUAUUCCACAAGGCGUGUCUUGAGAAGUGGUUGAAGUAUUGGAAUCUCACAUGCCCUCUUUGCAGGAAUAACAUGAUCACCCCCCAAGUAGGUGAGGAAGAUGAUGGUUGUCCUCCCAUGUGAGCGCUUAGAGGUUUGUCCAAGUCCACCCACCUUCAUGUGUAUAGGUUUAGGUGUAUUGCCCUAUCACAGAUCAAGUUUUAUAUAUGGACGCUUGACUGUUGCGUUAAGGAAUUGUAGUGUUGUACCUAUCUUUAUCCGGCAAUGGUUGCGUCCUUCAUAGCGACGGGUCCUUGCGACCGUUAUGCAUUGCUGUACAUUUUCUAUAAGAUAUAUAAUAGUAAUCUUCUUCAAUUCAGAAUCUUC